AUGUCCGGAACCCUUCAUGACCCGGGCGCGCCGACCAUUGUCUCCAUUCCCGGGGCAGCAGCGCAGCAGGACCCGGAGGUAGUCGGCAUGAUGUGGCUGUGGGCGGCGCUGGGGCUGGUGACUGGGUCCAUGCUGCUAAUGGUCAUGGUCCGGAGGCUCGUCCUGGGCCGCCACUGGAACGGGCCGAACCCCUUCGCGGAGGACGUGAGGAGGCCGCCGCUGGCGCUGGUGACUGACCAGGAGGCCCGGGGGAGGGUCCUCAAGCAAGCUUUCUCAGAUGCUGAAGUGCCAGACCAGCUGGAUGCAGUGGUGAUUGGGAGUGGAAUCGGGGGCCUGGCAGUAGCUGCCAUCCUAGCCAAAGCAGGGAAACGUGUCCUGGUGUUGGAGCAGCAUGCUAUGGCAGGGGGAUGUUGCCAUACCUUUGGCUGGGAUGGCCUGGAGUUUGACACAGGAAUCCACUAUGCUGGGCAGCUGAAAAAGGGCAGCUUUUGCCACUUCUUCCUGGACCAGAUCUCAGAGGGGCAGCUGAACUGGACUUACCUGGGUUCCCCAUUUGAUGUUGUGGUGCUGGAGGGACCCACCGGCAGAAGGGAGUUCCCCAUGUACUCUGGGGAGAAAGCCUAUGUUCAGGGCCUCAAGGAAAAGUUUCCUAAUGAAGAAGCUGCCAUUGACAAGUACAUGAAGAUGGUGAAGGAGGUAGCAAAAGGAACACUUCAUCUAGUCCUGCUGAAGAUCAUCCCUUUGCCAGUGGUGAGGCUGCUGGACAGGUUGGGGGUGCUGGCCUUUUUCUCCCCUUUUUUGAGAGCAGCCACCCAGAGCUUAGCGGACGUGCUCAGCCAGCUGUCUGCCUCCCAGGACCUCAAAGCCGUGCUCAGCUACAUCCAUCCCAUCUAUGGUGCAAUCCCAAAGAAUGCCAGCUUCUCUAUGCAUGCUUUACUAAUCAACUACUUCUUAGAAGGGGCAUUUUACCCUCGGGGAGGCUCCAGUGAAAUCGCUUUUCACAUUAUCCCUGUAAUUCAGCAGACUGGGGGUGCAGUUCUUACCAGUGCAACAGUGAAAAGUGUGCUGCUGGAUUCAGCUGGAAGAGCCUGUGGUGUCAGGGUGAAGAAGAACAGAGGGCUGGUGAACAUCUUUUCUCCCAUUGUGAUCUCUAAUGCAGGAAUAUUUCAUACCUAUGAGCGCUUGUUGCCUGAGAAAGCCCGCUGUUUACCAGGUAUACAGUCCCAUCUAGGAAUGGUACAGCCUGGCAUGUCUGCACUUUGUGUCUUCAUCUGCCUUCGAGGCUCCAAGAAAAACCUGGGCCUGGAAGCCAACAAUUGUUAUGUCUACUUUGACACAGACAUUGACCAAGCGAUGGAGAGAUACCUGUCCCUAUCCAGGGACCAAGCUGUGGAACACAUUCCCUAUUUCUUUAUCACCUCACCAUCAGCCAAAGACCCAACUUGGAAGGACAGGUUCCCAGACCAAUCAACACUGAUGAUGAUGUUGCCUGCCCGCUCCGAGUGGUUUGAUGAAUGGCAGAGUGAGCCCCCACAUGAGAUGGGGAGUGACUAUGAGGCCCUGAAGGACUCCUUCAUAGAUGCUUCCUUGUCUGUUUUGAUGAAACUGUACCCUCAGCUGGAGGGGAAGGUUCAUAACGUAUCAGUAGGGAGUCCACUCAGCCAUCAGUUCUUUCUGGCUGCCCCUCGUGGAGAGAAUUGUGGGGUCGACCACAAUCCAAACCAUCGGCAGCCUCACGUGCUGGCCACAAUGAGGGCCCAGAGCCCCAUCCCCAAUCUCUACCUUACAGGACAGGAUGUGUUCACCUGUGGUUUGUUUGGGGCCCUACAUGGGGCCCUGUUGUGCAGCGGCACCAUCCUGCAGAGGAAUGUGCAUCUGGACCUCCUGCAGCUGCAGUCUCGAGUUUCUGCUGCCCUGCCCAAGAGAAUGAAUUAGCACAGUCUGAGUGGAUCCCCUAUGGCGAGGAGUCCUGGGGCCUGAGAGCUGCGUAGAAAGUAGGACACACCUGCCUACUAACUUCUAAUGCACUGCAACACUUCACCUUGUUCCCUGAUGAAAGCCAUAGUAACAAUACAGAGCUGUCACUUUGAUAUCCAAGGUGAAGUCCAAGGAGGUUUUUAAAUUUUAAAUCAUGGUGGUCAAAGUCUGGUCCCUGGUGGUCUUCCAGGUGGGCCAGGGGAUGAUGUUUGAAAGCAGUGUUUAAAAUGGGAUCGUGCUUAUCCUGAGGCUUUUGUU